AUGGCCGGCGACCCGUUUCUCUCAGAUCCUUCGAAAAAGAGGAAGAGAAACAACAGAACAACCAGCGUGGCGAAAAAAUCUAGAUCAGCCACGCCCUCUGCAUCACAAGCUCACGAUUCGGAAAUUUCGAGCGAUUCGGGCGAAUCUGGCACCGAAGACGAAGCCAAGUUCGAAAAAGAAGACGGCGACCUUUCGUCGGACGAGGAGUUUGCCACAGAAAAUGCGGCCGACAAGAGAAGACGACUCGCCAAACAGUACUUGGAAAACCUAAAAGCCCAGGAUCUUGAAGGAGAUUUCGAUGCCGCCGAUAUUGACGAAGACCACUUGGCCCGGCGUUUGCAAGAAGACGUGGCUGAGACCAAGGGUUACGUCUACAAGUUCUACUCUGACAAAAUCGAGCAGCAAUUGAUGGACGUCUCGCCCAAAGGCACGCGGAUUGGCUCCAAAAACUUGACUGGUGUUUCUGUGAAGCAUCCAUAUAUAUACACAGUUUCCAAAGACAUGGAGUUGAUCAAGUGGAAAGACACAGGGAAGCAAAAGCCCCAGAGAAUAAAGCACAGCAAGGGCGGUGCCCGGUAUUUCAACGUCAACACGCGGAAUCCCAGUGCAAAUCACCACUGCGACCAAAUCAACUGCGUGGCGGCUUCGCCCGAUGGAAAGUAUGUUGUCACUGGCGGCAGUGAUGCCCGGCUCAUAAUCUGGUCCGCCGAAAGCUUGUCGUGUUUGAAAGUGUUGGAAACGCGGGCUGCCGUCAACUCCAUCACAUUCAGAAGAGGAACAGACCAGCUUUUCGCCGCAUGUGCCGAUUUGCGUGUAAGAACAUUCAGCAUCAACCAGUUUGCACAGUUGGAAAUUUUGUACGGCCACCAGGACAACAUCACCGACAUUUCUGCCUUGGGCAAAGAAACGUGUGUUUCUGUUGGCUCUCGUGAUAAGACUGCCAUGUUCUGGAAAAUUGCCGAAGAGUCUCGUUUGACCUUCCGCGGUGGUGACUCAGACAAGAAGAAAAGGAAAGACGCCAUCGACACAGAUGAAACUUUCUAUGCUGAAGGUUCGAUCGAUGUGGUCUCGAUGGUGGACGAAACACAUUUCCUUACAGGAUCAGACAACGGAAAUGUAUCCUUGUGGUCUUUGUCGAAAAAGAAGGCUUUGUUCACCGAACGCUUGGCCCAUGGGUUGAUGCCGCAGUUUGUUCCGGGCCAAGCCAGUGCAGAAACCAACGAAGAUCUUGCCAGCAGGCAAAUUCCUGAAAGACAGCCGUACUGGAUCACCGCCAUCUACGCCAUUCCUUACAGUGACAUUUUCAUUACCGGCUCAUACAGCGGCGAAGUCCGUGUAUGGAAGAUUGAGCGGGAGAGCUUCCGUCUGUUUAGUCUUGUGGGCUCUGUUUCGGUGAAGGGUUGCGUGGUGAAGAUCGAUGGAGCAGAAUUGCAAGAUGACAAGAAGGUUGUGGUGUACGUGGCCACAAGCAAAGAACACAAACUCGGACGAUGGUUGGGUAAGGUCGAGGGCCGGAACGCCUUGACGUCAUUGACGUUUGAUAUUUAG